AUGGUGGCGUCAUAUGAGGAAUCUCGACGCAAGAGAUUGGAGGAAAACAGGAAGAGAAUGGAGGCCCUGAAUCUGCCGCAGCUUUCUCAAGCACUUCAUAAGUCUCCUUCUCCGUCUCCCUCUCCGCUUAAGCACGUCAAAUCUCGCACCAUCCAGAAACAGCUUGUUGUCGUAAGGAGGUCAAGCCGUGUCGCCAACAUGCCCGCUCCUGUUUACAAAGAAGUGCCUAUUGAACGCGUCGCAAUACCUAGAAGAGUUUAUAAUAGGCAUAGAGAUUAUUCGAAUCGGGUAUAUGCUUCACAGGAAGCCAGAGAGGAAGCCUUGGAGAAAGCUGAUAAGUUAAUGUCGGAUUUAGAAUCCAAGUAUCCAACCUUUAUAAAGACAAUGCUCCAGUCCCACGUCAGUGGGGGAUUCUGGCUGGGCCUUCCAGUCUGGUUCUGCAAGAAAAACCUUCCAAAACGGGAUGAAGUGAUUACUUUGAUUGAUGAUGAUGGUAAUGAGUAUCCUACAAUAUAUUUGCCUCGAAAAACAGGACUUAGUGGUGGAUGGAAAGGUUUUGCGGUUGCUCAUAACCUAGCUGAUGGAGAUGCUUUAAUUUUUCAAUUAAUUAAGCGCACUGCAUUCAAGGUGUACAUUGUUAGAGUGAAUAGUCCUCCAGAGGGUAAUCAGCUUCAGUGA